CAGCCCUAGUGAGCCCCAUGCACUUUACACACUACACACCCAGACAGGUCCAAUCCGAUUAUACUACUCGUGGGAUCACCUUGCAGAUCUUCUCCUUCAAGAUUGCCAACAUCAGUUUGGACCUGGAAUGGCCACUCCUGCAUUGGCCACUCAAAGUGUACGGCGUCGUCGCCGCACGAGACAGUGUGGAUCGCAAGCGCAACGUUCUCUUCCACCGGCUAAGGGACAACUUCCAAGAGAUCACCGAAAAAGACUCCUUUUUGUGCUUGACUGGCCCAUCUCGUGCAAUCUCAGCCGGAUCCCCUCUUGAGUUUGAAGUUGAACUAAAACUCAAGGGCGGCGAAGCAAAGUCUGAAGACAGCGUGUUGAUCAAUAGAAAAGGCCAUUACAAUGGUUAUGAUACCCAUAAUGGUUUCUAUACUGUCACUUUUGACAACUGUCUUUGCACAACCGAGUUAAGCCUGCAGAAACUGUAUAGUGGAGCAGUCCAAGCCACUUUCUUGCGUGUCGGCAUUGUUAAAGGCAGUCAAAGCCCUUUCAGUUAUGGAGGCAGAGUUGCUUGCUCCUCACCACCUCAGAAAGAUGGUAGAGGCCCUGCCACUCCCACCCAAGUUGUAUUGCUUGAUUCUCGUUAUUGUGCUGGCGGGAAGAUGCCAAUAGGCGAAGAAGAUGGUUACCUUGAUCUGUCAAGGCAUGUUGUUUCUGUUGAAUUACGGACAGUGAGUGUAGAUUCUGAAGAAUUGGAAGAAACCCUGAAAGUUGUCAUAGAAGCCUACUCUCCCGGUGGUUCUGUGCAAGCUCAUGUCAUGGUCAGGCCUCAAUACUGCGGCAUAAGUAAGCAUAAAUGUGACCUCAACGGCUCUAAGGUGAAGAUUACCAUUGCUUGGUCACCUAUUGUUAGCAGUGCUUUCACCAGAAAGGUUAUUCUGUGA